GCCGAUUUUGAUAGGGCUGCAGAAGACGUGAGGAAGCUGAAGAGCAGGCCUGAAGAUGAAGAACUGAAAGAACUCUAUGGGCUCUACAAACAGUCUGUAAUUGGAGAUAUUGAUAUUGACUGUCCAGUAAUGUUAGAUUUAAAAGGCAAGGCUAAAUGGGAAGCCUGGAACCUCCAAAAAGGGUUGUCAAAGGAAGAUGCCAUGAGUGCCUAUAUUUCUAAAGCAAAAGAGCUGAUGGAAAAAUAUGGAAUCUAG